AGUGUGGAUUUAGAAAUUUUCUAUCUCCUCAUACUCCGAAACUGUGCUCUGCAUCUCCUUCCUCAAUUCCUCCUCUCAAGACUGAAAAGUGAAAACCCUCGAAGAAGAGAAACAUCUUGGACUUGUAGUUGUAUCUCUAGCCGGAGGCGCCUGUUCCAACUACCUCUCUGUCACUGUUGCGCUAUUCUAGUGAUAAUUCAAGAGGAAGCUCUUGGUGCAAUUCAUGAAGUUUUGACACAAUAAUUAAGAAUAUGAUUUCUACUCAGGUAAACAAUGUGUUAUGCCCUAAAACAUAUGUGAUUAAUAGGCAAAAUGUACAGGGGUUUCGCCCUUUACCCACAGUUCCUGUCACAUUUGUCCGUCGCCCUCCUCUAAAGUUCCGGGUUCCGUUGAAGAUCACAACCAAUGCACUGAAAUGCAAACAGAGUAUGCCAGUUUGUCUGUCUGGUGGGGAAGCGAGAGCUGGGAGUGGAAAUCAGGAUCCUCUGUGGAAAUCUUUCGGAAAUGCCAUUGAAAACUUGGGAAAGAAAUCUUCUGUGGAAGAUGUAUUGAAACAACAGAUUGAGAAACGAGAAUAUUAUGAUGGUGGAAAUCCCCCAGGCGGUAGAGGAGGUGGCAGCGGUGGAGGUGGUGGUGGUUUCGGUGGAACUGAGGAAGAAGGCUCCUCUGGGGUAUUAGAAGAGACUAUACAAGUGAUCUUAGCAACCUUGGGUUUCAUCUUUUUGUACAUGUAUAUCAUCAACGGCGCAGAGAUGGCAAAGCUAGGCAAAGACUACUUCAAAUAUAUAUUUGGUGGCAAAAAGAGUGUUCGUCUAUCUCGUGUGUUGGACAGAUGGGAUGACUUCUUCAAGGAGAUGACAGAAAAGAAAGAGGUGGACAGGUAUUGGUUGGAGAGAGCCAUUAUCAAAACCCCAACAUGGUGGGAUCACCCUGACAAGUACAGAAGCAUUAUCAAAGCUUGCAUGCAAACGCCAUCCAACGACGGUGAGAAUGAGAAUGAGAAUGAGAAUGAGAAUGAGAACGAGAACGAGAACGAAAAUGAGAAUGAGAAUGACUCUAUGAGUGAUGAGUUCUCAGAAUGGCGCUGAGGACUUUUUAUUUUUCAUAUCGUGGGUGUCAAACUUGUAAAUUUUGCGUUCUGGGUUUUAGCAAACCAGAGUGAUCAUACAAUUGGCAUUUGGAUUUUUUGCUCUAAUUAUUUCUGUAAUCUUUCCUGGUCUGUGUUGAUUCAACUUAUAACAUGCAUAGGAAAAGAUUGAUGAGAAGA